CAAACAGGGCCCAGUUUUAUAAAGUUACAAGUUACAGGUUACAAGAGUACAGGCUACAGGCACCUGUAAUGCACUGUGAACGGCUACAGGUGUUUUAUAAAUACACACAAAUAAUUACAGUUGUAAAGAACCACGGUCAAUCUCGAUUACAUGUGACAUCUACAGGUGUGAAGGACAUCACUAUUUAAAAAAAAAACUUCUGUCAUAGAUACUCUGUGCUCUACUAAAUGCUGUUGUUAUUGUUUGCUGUAAAAUUUUAAAUAUUGGAAAAAUGGGCAGAAAUGAAGGAAAAAUCGAGUGGUUGAGAGCGGUGUUCGAAGCCAAGGAUAUACUUUUUGGGCCGUUUUCAGAUACAUUAACAAAAACUGACAAGGUAUUGGCAUGGAAAAGUAUGCAUGCCCUGGCACAAUCGUUGGCGUUGGUGCCUAACAAUAAAGAAUAUACAUAUACCAGGGACACAUUCUGGCAAAACUUGAGGAAGAAUGCAGUGAAAAAACGAGAUAACAGCCGGGCCACUGGGAGUGGAACCACCAAAUUUACGAAUAUCGAUGAAAUGGUGUACAGCAUCAUCGGGAAGGAGUCACCAGUCCUGGUAGGGCUCCCUGUUGCAGAGUCUGGUGAAGUAGUAACUGAAAGGCAUAGUAAUCCUUUAAAUUCCAUUGGUAUUGAUGGCAAUAGACUAACUUCUACGAACAACAUAGCACAUGGUGAACCAUCCAAUGCCUCUGCACUUGCCAAGAAGACAAGCACCAACCGGACUGCAGCCCCGCAACACAAAAUACAAAAAAAAAGAAUGCAAGAUCUGAAAUAUAAAAAACAUUUUUUAAUGGUUCAGCUUUUAGAGAAAGAAAACUAUUUAAAAGAGUUGAAAAUUAAAAAAAUAGAAAAAGAACUGAAUAUAGAUUCCAAUGAAAGGGCCAAACAAGCCAACAGCAGCAACAACAGCAAACAAAUGAAUGAAGAUGCCAGCAGCAGUGAUGAAGAACAAUAUGAAGUUGACUAUUUAGAAGAAAUGGAAGAUUCUGAAUAGUCAACUCCAUAAAUAAUUAUUCUUCUUUUACAUAUUGAAAAUAGAGACUUUGCAUAGCUGGUGUAAAAAUAUUGUUAGGAGACACCUUUGCUGUUCUGAUGUAUCUGUUUGCGACUGUGCAGCCAGACUUUAGUGUCACAUCAGUAUUGGAGUGCCUUUGAGGCGGUUUUCUUGGAGAAAUUAUUUUUAUUGUUAAUUAGUGUGCAGUUGAUCUUGAUCUCAUUAUUAAUUAAAAAAAGUUGUUAUUAUUUAAUCUAUGUAAUGUGAGUAGUGUGAGCACCUUAGGUGAGGUUCUGAUGGAAGGUAAAACAAAUAUUGUUAGGAUUGUCUACUUAUAUGCACACACACAUAUUACAUAGAUUAAGAUGUGUUACAAUCAGCAUCAAAUAUCUACUAUGUGCAGUUGAUCUUUAUUUAAGUGACUAAAUAUCAAUAUUUUUAAGGUUUUCUUGGAGAAUUUAUUUUUAUUGUUGAUUAGUGUGCAGUUGAUCUUGAUCUCAUUAUUUAAUAAAAAAGUUGUUAUUAUUUAAUCUAUGUAGUCGCUAAUGUGAGUCGUGUGAGCACCUUAGGUGAGGUUCUGGUGGAAGGUAAAACAAAUAUUGUUAGGAUUGUCUACUUAUAUGCACACACACAUAUUACAUAGAUUAAGAUGUGUUACAAUCAGCAUCAAAUAUCUACUAUGUGCAGUUGAUCUUUAUUUAAGUGACUAAAUAUCAAUAUUUUUAAGGUUUGGAGAAUUUAUUUUUAUUGUUGAUUAGUGUGCAGUUGAUCUUGAUCUCAUUAUUUAAUAAAAAAGUUGUUAUUAUUUAAUCUAUGUAGUCGCUAAUGUGAGUCGUGUGAGCACCUUAGGUGAGGUUCUGGUGGAAAGUAAAACAAAUAUUGUUAGGAUUGUGUACUUAUAUGCACACACACUACAUAGAUUAAGAUGGUUGAUAAUUCGCCUGUAUGUCUGGCAUUUAGCAAUGGUACCUUUUGUACUAAGCAUAUUUAAUACAGUCAUCAUCAAAUAUUUACUAACGGCCAAAGUGACUAAAUAUCAAUAUUUUUAAGGUAAUGACAACACAUCGCAAUGUAUAUGGUUAUGACCUCCCUAACUAUCUCUAACUGUUUAUUGCUAAAUGUAUACAUAUAAUAACGAGUGUCCUGUAUCCGAUUUUGCCACAUUACUGUAUUUGAUUGUUAGUUAGAAUUAAUAUGAAUAGA